AGCAUAACAAACGCGAUGUCCGAUCGUGAUCGAGAAUAUCGUGGUGGAGGUGGUGGUGGUCGAGGCGGUGGCGGAGGCGGUGGCGGAGGUGGUGGAGGCGGUGGAGGCGGUGGACGCCAUCGUUCACGCUCCCGUGAGCGUCGCCGUAGCCGUUCCCGGAGCCGUGGCGAACGGAGACGAUCGUCCCGUUCUCGUUCGCCUUACCGCAAGCAUCGUUCGCGUAGGCGCAAACCUUCACUUUACUGGGAUGUGCCACCGCCCGGCUUCGAACACGUUACACCGCUGCAGUACAAAGCGAUGCAGGCGGCCGGCCAAAUACCGGCCAACAUAGUGGCGGACACACCGCAGGCGGCGGUACCGGUGGUCGGUUCCACCAUCACACGUCAAGCGAGACGGCUGUACGUGGGCAACAUACCUUUCGGGGUAACGGAGGAGGAAAUGAUGGAGUUCUUUAACCAGCAGAUGCAUCUUUCCGGUUUGGCACAGGCUGCUGGCAAUCCGGUUCUUGCCUGCCAGAUUAAUCUAGACAAGAACUUUGCGUUCCUGGAGUUCCGAUCGAUCGACGAAACUACGCAAGCCAUGGCAUUCGACAGCAUUAACUUUAAAGGUCAAAGUUUGAAAAUUCGACGACCGCACGAUUACCAGCCCAUGCCCGGUAUGACCGAUUCGGCGGCGGUCAAUGUUCCCGAAAAAUUCUCCGGCGUGAUCAGCACAGUAGUACCGGACUCGCCGCAUAAAAUCUUCAUCGGUGGUUUGCCGAACUAUUUGAACGAGGAUCAGGUGAAGGAGCUGUUGCUUUCGUUCGGGCAACUGAAGGCGUUCAAUCUGGUCAAGGACGCUGCAACAGGUCUGGGCAAAGGUUACGCCUUUGCUGAGUACGUGGAAUAUACAACUACCGAUCAGGCAAUUGCAGGGUUGAACGGUAUGCAGCUGGGAGACAAAAAAUUGAUCGUACAACGUGCCAGUGUCGGAGCGAAGAAUUCGAAUGCCGCUGUCGUAGCGCCGGUACAGAUUCAGGUACCGGGUCUUUCGCUAGUUGGUUCUUCGGGUCCACCAACGGAGGUACUUUGCCUGCUAAACAUGGUCACACCGGACGAGCUGAAGGACGAGGAAGAGUAUGAGGAUAUUCUUGAGGACAUUCGGGAAGAGUGCAACAAGUACGGUGUGGUGCGAAGUGUGGAAAUUCCCCGGCCCAUCGAAGGUGUGGACGUGCCCGGUUGUGGCAAGGUAUUUGUCGAGUUCAACUCUAUCGUCGACUGUCAGAAAGCGCAGCAAGCGCUUACCGGGCGCAAGUUUAGCGAUCGUGUCGUCGUGACGUCCUACUUCGACCCAGAUAAGUAUCAUCGACGCGAGUUUUAAGGACUUGUCGCAGAGCGAAUUCUGC